UAGCAACGGUCUGCUGUUCCGUUCCCGUUCCACUUCGGGCCAUUGGUCGCGCGAUCCUUGUAGGUUGUGUGUACGUCGGUACCUGGGUAGGUCCCUGUAACCGUUACGUACCCCCAACCUGCACUUACCUCCCAUCAAUCCACAACCCCGCGGCUUCAAGAGAGAACUCUGGAGACUGCAGUCGACAACUAACCCGACUGCGUCGGUUCUUAUGCGCCAUGUCGGCAGAAGAAGCAACAACAGCGGUCCACGAAAAUGGAGCGACGAACCAACCUGCAGCAGCGGCGCUCAGCGAAGAGACAAAGGCGCAAGUGCAAGAUGUUCUAACAUCCGAGAUUGGCAUAUCGGUGAUGCUCAACCGGCUCAAGCAGAGCAUAGCCUCCGUAAAAGAGUUUGCCCUGUUCCUCAAGAAGCGCUCCAUCCUCGAAGACGAACACGCGAACUCGCUCAAGAAACUAUGCAGAACGUCGCAGGACAACAUCCAACGCGGAGAUCACCGGGGAGGCACCUUUGGCAAGGCGUACGAGGAGAUGAUGGCCGUCCACGAGCGCAUGGCCGACAACGGGUUACAGUUCGCCAUGUCGCUGCAUCAGAUGUCUGAAGACCUGACCGAGCUGGCGAACAUUGCCGAGAAGUCCAGGAAGGGGUGGAAGCAGAGCGGGCUGGCUGCCGAGCAGCGCGUGGCCGAGCUCGAGGCCGCUAUGCGCAAGUCCAAGACCAAGUAUGACGCACUGGCUGAGGAGUACGACCGCGUCCGCACCGGGGACACGGCGGGUCGACAGGGUGGGAAGAUGUUUGGCUUCAAGGGGCACAAGUCGGGCGCCCAACAUGAGGAGGAUUUGCUGCGGAAGACCCAAGCGGCAGAUCAGGACUAUCAGGGCAAGGUUCAAGUGGCGGCGACGGAGCGGACGGAACUGGAGACGAAGACCAGGCCCGAAACGGUACAGGCGCUUCAGGAUAUUGUGAGGGAGUGCGACUCGGGACUGGCAUUGCAGAUGCAGAAAUUCGCUUCGUUCAACGAGAAGCUAGUGCUCAGCAACGGCCUUGCGAUCAGCCCCCUCAAGCAAGGGGCCGAGUCGCGCAGUUUACGGGAGAGCAUCCUUGCCAUCGACAACGACAAGGACCUCAGCGAGUACCUGAGCAGCCACCACUCCAAGCUUCCCCCAAGGACAGGGCCACCGAAGUAUGAACGCAAUCCUCUUCUCGAGACGCAGCAUCGAGCGGGCACUGCCACCCAGAACCCGCAGCCGCAACCAGCGGCGAGUGCGGUCCAGAACCAGCCGCCGCCGCCAGGCAUCUUCCAAAAUUCCAGGUCAAGUACCUUCUCCGACCCUGCCCUUUCCGCACCAGUCCAGGGGUCCAUGGGUCACAGCCACGGCCAGAGCAUGGGAUCGCUUCCGCUGCUGGGCGGUCCUCCGCGGCCGUCGUCACAACCACAACAUGAGAGGAGCUUUAGCCACGGAAGCGCCAUAAACCAAAGCAGCGGGCCGGGCCAACAGUAUCGGGGUCCUAGCCCGCAGCAACCACAAUCCCAAGCGUCCAACAGUAGAUUCAACAAUGGCUCGUACAGCUCUACGCCGGGAUCUCAGGGGCCGCCGCAGCUUGGGGCUUUGCCUUUCCAGACUGCCCAGCCCCAACCGUCUCAGCAGCCAGCCUAUGCACAACCGCAACCGCAAGGCAGUUCAGGCUCCAGCGCGCCCCAGCAAGAUGCGGCGAUGGGGCCUCCCCAGGCGCAGCGGCAGUCGCCACCAGCGGCGCUACAGUUGGCUCCAUCGCGGCCAAUGUUUGGUGUCUCUCUCUCCGCGCUCUAUGAGAGAGAUGGGCUGGCGGUACCGAUGGUGGUGUACCAGUGUAUUCAGGCGGUGGAUCUGUUUGGCCUGAAUGUCGUGGGCAUCUACCGGCUGUCUGGCUCAGUACCGCAUGUAAACAAGCUAAAGCAGCUCUUCGAUACCGACUCCCGCUCAAGCAAUCUCGACUUCCGAAACCCAGAGAAUUUCUUCCACGACGUCAACAGCGUCGCCGGGCUGCUCAAGCAGUUCUUCCGCGAUUUGCCCGAGCCGCUCAUGACGAGGGAGAACUACUCGGCCUUUAUCGAGGCAGGCAAAAACGAAGACGACAUCGUCCGCCGGGAUUCCCUCCACGCCAUCAUCAACAGUCUCCCAGACCCCAACUACGCGACACUUCGCGCGCUGACGCUGCACCUGCACCGCGUCAUGGAGAACUCGGCGACAAACCGGAUGAGCUCGCAGAAUCUGGCCAUCGUGUUUGGCCCGACGCUCAUGGGCACGGCGCCCGGGUCCAAUAUCUCGGAUGCGGGCUGGCAGGUCAGAGUGGUGGACACUAUUCUACGGAACACGUAUCAGAUCUUUGAUGAUGACGAUUGAAAGGGGUUCGACGUGGAGGAAGUCCCGCUGGUGACGGGGUGUAAUAGUACCGUGGCGCCUGAUUCAAACGAUGAAACGAGGAGGGAGGAAGCCAGCUACGUGCCAUGGGAGGGGGUUUAUAAUGAUCUACGGUUGCCUCGCAUUUAUUGACCAUGUGGCCAUCAGAAGCAUAUUUCCAAAAGCUGGUGUAUCACGGGUAGCAUAGGAUUCUUUAGCAGGCGGCUUUUAUAUUGACUUUAUUAUUCC